UUUAUAAAAUCUGUGAAUAUUCUAACUGUUGUAUGCAUAUCUAUACAAUAAAUGAUAUUUAUUAAUAUCUUAAAUACCCAUAUUUAUUAUGUGUUUUUUUAAUUCUCGUUCUUUUUUCACUAAACAAAAUUGUACACACUACAUUUCUAUUUAAAUUUUUUUAUCUUGUACCCGAGUUUGGUAGCUUGCACAUAGUGGUGUUUUUUUAUUUUAAUAAAAUGUUGUCUAGAGUUUCAGCAUUUCAUAUUUUCAUGACAAUGUUAAAAGUCCAGCAUUCGAGUUAUAACAAACGCCAUUAUACUGAUUUUGAAUUAUUGUGCAGUAUAUACACAUAAUAGAGUGUUGCUUAUGACAUUCUCCAUAUUAUUAUGUUGAUAGCAUUGCCACUAUUGCCAAAAAACAUAAGAAUGAAUAUAUUUUUAAAGGCCUCCAAGUAUACUUAUACUACCUCAUUUUCAUCACAAUGUACAUUACACAUUUAUCAGUUAAAACUUCAGUUUUAUGAUCUACACAUGGAAAACACAACUUUAAAUUCUCAGCUCAGAAGAAUUCUUCAAAUGUGUCAUCAAAUGGAUUUGCUGAGCUUGCAUAUUUCAGAAAACAUACUUUCAAUGCUUGAAUAUUUUGGACCAAAUUUUGAUUUACGUGUCAAACAUUUGCUACCUUCCAACCUACUGCAAUUCCACAUUGAAAGUGGUUAGAUAAUUGGAUACAUUGAAAGUAUAUGGUAUAGUU